AAGCCUUCCACACGUCUCCGUACUAAUCCACCAGCUCGCCGCCCGGUACAUUCAUUCAAAAUGGGUCGUCUUCACAGCAACGGAAAGGGCAUAUCAGCCUCUGCCAUCCCCUACUCUCGCAACCCCCCUGCGUGGUUGAAGACCACCCCCGAGCAGGUUGUCGACCAGAUCUGCAAGCUCGCCAGGAAGGGUGCUACUCCUUCUCAGAUCGGUGAGGUCCUCCGUGACUCUCACGGUGUCGCCCAGGUCAAGGUUGUUACCGGCAACAAGAUCCUCCGCAUCCUCAAGUCGAACGGCCUGAGCCCAGACAUCCCAGAGGACCUCUACAUGCUUAUCAAGAAGGCCGUUGCCGUCCGCAAGCACCUCCAGACCAACCGCAAGGACAGGGACAGCAAGUUCCGCCUCAUUCUCAUCGAGUCCCGUAUCCACCGUCUCUCCCGUUACUACAAGACCGUCGGUGCCCUCCCCCCUACCUGGAGGUACGAGAGCGCUACCGCCUCUACCCUCGUCGCAUAAGCAGAUGUAGGAUUGGUGUGGCUGGUAAUCGUGAUGGAAGACAUUUACGUGGAGUUUAUGGGCAUGGAUGCUUGCUUUACGGAUAUCUAGCAGCAUCACGAUACGGAAUGAAUCAAAAAGCAUCAUCUCAAGAUGAAAUUAUACCCAAUUG